CUUAUCACCACGCAGUAGAGAAGAGCAACAUCAUGCCCUCGUUGCCGCCAGACCCCAACCGCGACAGGCGUCCUCAGACACGCCCCUCCAAGCCAUCCCUCGAGCCCUCGCCCGCCGUCGUCGCGACCACCUCCCCUCCCCGUCCACCGGGCAACCACCAGCCCCAUAUCCUCACUCGGCGCUUUCUCGGGCCCAUACCUGACCGUGUCACCAGCUCUGCUGAAGUAGAAGAAAGGCGGCGCGACUUUCUCGACCUGCGGCGAAAAGCCAUAGACAAAUGGAAAAAAGAGAUCAGGGAUGAUGAUGACUCGUUGGACAGUGUCGCCGACGCCCAGAGCGAGGACGGCAGGCUACGGCGAGCAGUGUCCAACAUUCGGAUCAAGAGGCGAAACAAGCAUGGAAUGGAGAUUGAAGAGGACCUCGACCUUGACGAGACGGGCACUCAGCUUGGCGGCAAGGCAAAAGUCGGGAAAGAGGUGUGGGUAGGGGAGAGUUUUGAUAUCGGGCAAGAGUUCAUGUCGACCGCUGCCGACACGCAUACUCCCGAGCUUGAUCAAGCUGAGCAAGGGAGCAGCCAAGCUUCAGCUUCUACUAUCAAACCCAAGCCCAUAUCCCGGCCCUCGACCACGUCUCGAGCGACAGGGGAGACGUUUGUGACAGCACGCACGGCGUUCUCACCAUCCCUGUCCUCUUUGGCUAUCGACACCCAAUCCACCAGCCAAAUCCCCAACCCUUCUCCUUCCCUACAUGAGUCUCAAAACGCACAGCUCCACUCUCCCCACACCCACCACUCCGCAUCGUCCUCGACUCAACCCCUCAUCGACUCUUCCAAACUCUUGGACUCGCCUCCAGGCUCGAGCAAGAAGGGCAAAGAGCCCACCCGUUCGGUACGCGCCAACACCUCGCUACCGAACAGGCUCAAAUCUGCUUUACGCUACUCGAAACCGAAUCUGCGCGGAUCGGCCUCUGCUGUCAUUGGACAUGACGAAGAGCAAGCAGAUCCGCGGGAGGGGCAGCAGAAAGCAAAGACUGUGCAGUUUCCAGCGGAUUAUGCGAGUGUGAUGCCGAGUUUGGCUAGGAGCGGGGACGGUGAGCCGGCAAAGCCCGAGCAUGUCUUGGAGAGGGAAGGCGCAGAGGCGGAGGGGACUAGUGCGGGGGCAGUAGAGGAGGCGCUGGGAGAGAAUGAGUGGCUGCCGGAGGAACGAAAGGUCGGAGAGGUCAUUCUGCGUGAUCGAAUGCUCGUCAGAGUAGGUUAUCACCGCGAGAAUAAUAUCACCGUCUUUGACGAAACUGCCCAGCGCCGAAACCCAUGCCAAAGACUUGAUGUGUUUGAAGAAUACAUUGUGGUCUGGCGAAAAGGCCAAGUCGAAUUUUACCAAGACUGGAAAGUGCCCCUCCGCGAGCGUAUGGUCGGCACCAAACGUCUCUGUUUCGUCAUCCCUCUUUUACCCCAUCGAACGUCGCUUUCAAUCUUCAACCCGGACGAUCUUACGCUGGCUCUGACGACUUCGGUCGAAAAACUUCACCUCGAGAUUGAGAGGCUCCUACACAUCUCAGACACGUCAAAAGUAUCCGUCCUCAAAGAUCGCAUCAAGCAGUCCAGCCAAGUGCAAUGGCUCCAGGGUCGAAGAAAGGGUACACAGAUCUUCCUCUUCAAGCUAUCCGAACGAUCACGAGCUCUAGACUGGUACUGGGAACUUUUCCGAGAUCUUGGCGGGGAGCUUCCAGAUAGAUUCGACAUUUUCGUCCCUUCCCUCUCUACCCAUGUUCGCUUCCGCCUGCCCCAAGGCGAGGAAGCCGACGAAACUGCCCUUUUCAAACGAUACGACCGCGACCGCGCCAUCAAAACUUGUUGGGACGUCCUGAACAAGGACAAUAGUAUCGACGAGUUGUUGAAGGAGCGGGAGAUUGAGAAGAGGGAGGUGAUUGAUUUGGAGUUGGUCUGGAAAGGGGCGGAUGGGGUGUUGGACUGGGUGGCUUAUGGGAGUACUGUGGAAGGGUUGAAGAGACCGUGGGCUAUGUUGGCUGGAUUGGCGAGGGUGCAGGCGAAUGGCAGGGAGCUGCAGCUGCGAACGGCAAAACAUCAGCCAAAGUCUCUCAAGCUGGAAGAUGGCACCUGGCUCGACGAGCCUGCUGGCGUGGAGGGUUAUCUCGUCAGGCAUAGACCUGCGAGUGGUACGAAAGAGUCCAUUUAUGUGACGAUACACGAUGGCUGCAUAUUCAUGACCACGAUGAGAGAAGCCAAACCACCGUUGCUUCCCCAGGCCGAAGGAUCCAUCCCCUCCGACAUCUUUCCGGAUGUGCAUCGACAGUUCCUCCAGAACGAACACAAGCGUAUGGCAACGACUAUCCAGCGCUCGGCCGGCUGUCUGGAUCUCAGGGAUAUCACGAGUGUCAAGUUUGAGCAGGGUCCCGAGUCGAAUGAUGGUCAGGGCAAGGGUACGGGGACUGUCUUCAACGUGCAUCUUGCGCAUGGGGGAGUCACGAUCCAGCUGGAAGCGUACUCAGAGCAAGUCGCAAAGGAGUGGGUGGAGAGGCUCAAUGAUUUGAGAGGCUUUUGGAUGAGGAAGCAUCGAGUCGAGGCUCGUAUGCGUAUGGACGCAAUGGAGCUGGCUCAAAAAGGCGAUAUUCUUACGGGAGCAGCGACGGAAGCUUCUGACGAUUUCUUGUCCUCUAUCUGGGACUGGUGUACCGUCAAGGGCUGCAGGUCCAUCUGUCUGUCGGGGAGAAUGUAUAUGAAGAAGAGUACUUGGAGAAAGUUCAGAUCCAAGUAUAUGGUGCUGACUGAAGGAUCUUUGGUAUCCUUCAAGAUCACGGGCAAGAACGCUUUUCACAAGAGGAAGAAGACUUACCCGCUCUUUGGCGCAUACGUCUACUCUGGCUUGUUGGCGCACGAAGAAAUCCACGAACCCAGCAACAGACAAGCACCCUUCACCUCGGAACACCGAGUUUAUCAAGACGGCUUGCAGUCUAACGAUGGGCCGGAAGAUACCACAUUCUGUGUCCGCCUCGCUAUACCAGGGUCGUCCUGGACGGCAAAGACGGUGAAUCCUUGGGAUUUAGGUGACGAUGAGGAUUACACGCCCAUGCCUCUCAGCAAGUCGCCCCAGGGCUUGCUCAUCUUUAGGGCUAGGUGCAAGUUGGAAAGAGACCGCUGGGUAUGGGCCAUCAAUGCCGAGAUGGAGCGGCAAGCUAGAAGCCAUCUACGCCAGGAAAAGACUUUGCGCGAGUAUGGCAAUGUGCCCGAGAAGUGGUAGAUACGACACUUUACGUUUAACGACCUCUCUAUAUCACCAUAUAUUCCAUGUUGUAAUUCAGGACAUUGCAUAGUCACAUAUCGCAUGCAUCAUGCCAAGCAG